CUGUGAUACUUUGUAACAUCUCACUGUAUUGUGUGUAUAUGAUAUAUAUCAUAACUGAAGAAACCUUUCUAAAACAGAAAUGGUAUGUACAUAAUAGUAGCUUUAUGCCUGUAGCAAGGAUUUAAUCAGGUGGGAAUUUUUCGUCAUGUGAUGUGCCACAGUCAUGGAGGCCUUUGAACCUGUAAGUAUUUGGAAAGAAUGAGCAAUUUCUCAAGAACAAUAUAUAAUUGAGAUCACAAUUAUAUAAUGGCCCUAAAAUGGUAUCACAGGAUAAAAGCUUUAUCAAGUUGGACUUGGAUGCUGUUGUUUAUUUUAGUUGAGGAGGCUAUCAUUGUGUCGAGUCAAUCAAUUGAAAGCUUCCCUGCAAGCCCAUUUAUUCAGAGAACUAGAACUAAUAUAAGUCUAACUUGCAAUGCCACUAAUGAUUUUGUACCUGGAAAUUUUGGUAUCUUAGCCUGGAGCAAAAAUGAUGUUCCCUUGACGUCGAAUAGUAAAUUAUCCGAAGCUGCCAAAGUUCAUGGCAGAAUGAAAAUAGAAGUAGUAGACAAGAGUUAUACUCUAGUUAUAUCAGCUCCAGACUGUUCAGAUGAAGGAAACUAUAAAUGUAAAGUAGAAACUGUGGCAAUUGACACAAGAAGUACAGAUGUUCAUAUUGGUAAUUUUGAUAAAAGUUCUAUAGUUUGCGAUAAUCCAAAAGCAACACUUCAACUUUCAUGGAAUUCAAAAUCAGUAUGGAGUAAUGCUACAAGUGCAGAUCGAACAGUUGAUACCAAUUGCAAUGAAACAUUUCGAAAUUCUGUGGAGGCAUAUGAAACAGAGACUGGGGAGCAUACUGCAACUUUAAAUGUGUAUUUUGCUGAUGAAUCAAACCCUGAUUACCCUGUGUAUACAGUAAACCAUCCCU